UUCACAGACCGGGGAAAGAGGAGGCGUGGCUACCGCCCUUUCUGUCAACCACAUGACGCACGCGCUCGCUCCCUUCCCUUCCACUUGCGCCAGCGGCUCUUUUCCUCCCUCCCUUUUCUAUUCGUCACGUGAGCGGCAGGGACGGAGGCCGGUCCGGCUCAUCGUCCGCGUGUCGCGUUCUCUUCUUCCUGACCGCCCCCCCUUUUCCUUCUUUCCCUUCUUUGGAGCUGACGCCGCGGCCUGAGCCUGGGCACGCGGGAACCGGGCCAGAUAGGCAGUGUCCCAUCAUGGAUUGGCAGCCAGAUGAACAGGGCCUCCAACAAGUACUUCAAUUACUCAAAGACUCACAGUCUCCAAAUACAGCAACCCAGCGGAUAGUACAAGACAAAUUGAAACAGCUCAAUCAGUUUCCUGAUUUCAAUAACUACUUGAUAUUUGUCUUGACGCGACUGAAAUCUGAGGAUGAACCGACUCGUUCUCUGAGUGGUCUGAUCCUGAAGAACAAUGUGAAGGCUCAUUACCAGAGUUUUCCUCAGCCUGUUGCUGAGUUCAUUAAGCAAGAGUGUCUUAACAACAUAGGGGAUGCUUCCUCUCUCAUCCGAGCUACAAUAGGUAUUCUCAUAACGACCAUUGCUUCCAAAGGGGAGCUACAGAUGUGGCCAGAGCUCUUGCCUCAACUCUGCAACUUGCUCAAUUCCGAGGACUAUAACACAUGUGAAGGAGCUUUUGGCGCCUUACAGAAGAUCUGUGAAGAUUCUGCUGAGCUCCUGGACAGCGAUGCUCUCAAUCGACCCCUUAAUAUUAUGAUUCCAAAGUUUCUUCAGUUUUUCAAGCACUGUAGCCCCAAGAUUAGGUCCCAUGCCAUUGCUUGUGUUAACCAGUUCAUCAUGGAAAGAGCCCAAGCCUUGAUGGAUAAUAUAGACACUUUCAUUGAGCACCUGUUUGCCCUGGCAGUUGAUGAAGACCCAGAAGUUCGAAAGAACGUUUGCCGAGCAUUAGUGAUGCUGCUAGAAGUGCGGAUUGACCGACUCAUCCCUCACAUGCAUAGUAUCAUUCAGUACAUGUUGCAACGGACCCAAGACAAUGAUGAGAAUGUGGCAUUGGAAGCAUGUGAAUUCUGGUUGACCCUGGCUGAACAACCUAUUUGCAAGGAUGUGCUGUCUUCACACCUGGUGCAGUUGAUUCCAAUUUUAGUGAAUGGAAUGAAAUAUUCUGAAAUUGACAUCAUAUUAUUAAAGGGGGACGUGGAAGAGGAUGAAGCCAUCCCUGACAGCGAGCAGGAUAUCAAACCGCGUUUCCACAAAUCGCGCACAGUUACUCUGCAACAUGAAGAGGAGCGGUUACAGGAUGAUGAAGAUGGAGAAGAUGAGGAUGAUGACGAUGACACGCUAUCUGAUUGGAAUCUGAGAAAAUGCUCUGCUGCAGCCCUUGAUGUCUUAGCCAAUGUCUUUAGAGAUGAGCUGCUUCCACAUCUACUGCCGUUGCUAAAGGGGCUGCUCUUCCACCCUGAGUGGGUCAUAAAGGAGUCCGGAAUCCUUGUCUUGGGGGCCAUUGCUGAAGGAUGCAUGCAAGGUAUGGUUCCCUACCUGCCUGAGCUGAUCCCCCAUUUGAUCCAGUGCCUUUCUGACAAGAAGGCCCUGGUGCGUUCCAUUGCCUGCUGGACCCUGAGCCGCUAUGCCCACUGGGUUGUGAGCCAACCCCCAGACAUGUAUCUCAAGCCCCUGAUGACGGAACUACUCAAGCGGAUUCUUGACAGCAACAAGAGAGUGCAGGAGGCUGCUUGCAGUGCAUUUGCCACCCUUGAAGAAGAGGCUUGCACAGAACUCGUUCCAUAUCUCAGUUUCAUUCUGGAUACUUUGGUAUUUGCAUUUGGGAAAUACCAACACAAGAACCUGCUGAUCCUGUAUGAUGCCAUUGGCACUCUAGCUGAUUCUGUUGGGCACCACCUAAACCAGCCGGAAUAUAUCCAAAAACUGAUGCCGCCACUGAUCCAGAAGUGGAAUGAGCUGAAAGAUGAGGACAAGGAUCUCUUUCCUCUUUUAGAAUGUUUGUCCUCUGUAGCAACUGCUCUCCAAAGUGGCUUCCUUCCAUACUGUGAACCUGUCUACCAGCGCUGCGUGACACUUGUGCAGAAGACUCUUGCCCAAGCCAUGAUGUACAGUCAACAUCCAGACCAAUAUGAGGCUCCUGACAAAGACUUCAUGAUAGUUGCUCUUGACCUGCUGAGUGGUCUUGCUGAAGGUCUAGGAUGCCAUGUGGAACAGCUUGUAGCUCGGAGCAAUAUCAUGACUCUGCUGUUCCAGUGCAUGCAGGACACCAUGCCAGAAGUUAGGCAGAGCUCUUUUGCACUCCUGGGAGACCUUACCAAAGCCUGUUUCAUGCAUGUCAAGCCAUGUAUUGCUGAAUUCAUGCCCAUCCUGGGGACCAACUUGAAUCCAGAAUUCAUUUCAGUAUGCAAUAAUGCCACUUGGGCUAUUGGAGAAAUCUGUAUGCAGAUGGGGGCUGAAAUGCAACCAUAUGUUCAGAUGGUCCUGAAUAACCUUGUGGAAAUCAUCAACCGACCAAACACUCCCAAAACACUUCUGGAAAAUACAGCCAUCACGAUUGGACGCUUGGGUUACGUCUGCCCUCAGGAGGUGGCACCGAUGCUGCAGCAGUUUAUCAGACCUUGGUGCACAUCCCUGAGAAAUAUACGAGAUAAUGAAGAGAAAGACUCUGCUUUCCGUGGCAUUUGUAUGAUGAUUGGAGUAAACCCUGGUGGAGUUGUUCAGGAUUUUAUAUUCUUCUGUGAUGCUGUUGCUUCCUGGGUGAGUCCGAAGGAUGACCUCAGAGACAUGUUUUAUAAGAUACUUCAUGGCUUCAAAGAUCAAGUCGGGGAGGAAAACUGGCAGCAGUUCUCUGAGCAGUUUCCUCCACUUCUGAAAGAGAGGCUUGCUGCGUUCUAUGGGGUCUAGGCAAAGCAUCAAAACUGUACUCGGUUCCUGUGUGUGCUGGGAGGGAUCCUGGGAAGUCGUCCACAACCCAGUGUUGCAGAUCCCUGUUAGUGGGGGGUUAGGGAGGACGGGAAGAGCUUUGUGGGGCAUAAAAUGACUUCGCUCCCCAUCUCCUGAAAUUUACAAAGUUGGGGGGAGGGUGGGCCUCCGUGACCAAUUUAAACAAAAACCAGGGGAUCUCACUGACAGAAGGAAAGGUCUCUACUUAGAGGCUGUCAUUGGUGGAAUGGGGUGGGUGGGACUCGGCCCUGGGCUGAGAAAGGGGAGCAAUCUUAAACUGCAACACUCUUGAGAAGGGGAUCUAACUAGGGGCCAUCAUAAAGGACUAGCUAAUAAUAAUAAAUAAAAGAUAGGGUUUAAGAUGUUAAAACAGGAUUAAAUGCUACAAUGGUUUAAAACGAGCUGAUGAAGAGGGAAGGGUUAAAACUCAAUCCAAGGGGGUUAUACUACUGUAUAUUUCCAGUCACCGGUAUUCAAGAGAUCAGCAAUUCACCUUUUCAAGAUUGCAUGGUGACCAAGAAGUAGACUAGCGAAUAUGUGAGUAGCCCAUAAUGACUAAGUGUAAGCAUUUUCAUCUAGGAAUCUUAAGGAAACCCACAAACCCUUUUUGCCAUAGUUGCCAUGGCACUGUGUACUGGAUGUGAUGCUAGGGCAAAGGCAGCCUCUGACCUUGAGGGGAAUCUGCCAGCCAUUUAGGGAGCAGUCCUUAUCAUAAGAAAUACUGUUGGAGAAGCAUGUCUCUAUUUUUUAAGAAGAUGCCACAGUGCAAAUGAAUCUGUUACCCUGUUUGUUCAGCUGUUACUUUGUGACACUGCUAUUACAUUACUUCAGCUGUAGGUGGCAGGAGAGAGCAAGGAGGGACACUGAAUUCCAUCUGGGAAUGAUCUGUGUGGCCAAAGGUGACCAGAAGCCAGUGUGCAUUUGAUUCUUGUAGGGCACAUAAUAUGUUGUGUCUUGCACUCUUGUGGCCAGAGCAGCAUUUGUACAUAAUGGUAACUUACAUUUUCUGUCUUAAGGGAGUUUCACCACUUUGGUUUACAGAAGGAGCAGUAAACCUAACAAAGUGUAGAGGAAUGAAUGAAUUGAAGCCUUUUGUGCAUGGCCAGUGGAAGCUUGUAACUUUUGCAACAUCUUAGUGGAGUUUCUGUCUAAAUGAAUUAUCAUUAGACCCAGCUCAGUCCCUGGAAACAGAAUCAGGGGUUUGCUGAAUGCAUUUGAUUUGAUGAAGCCAUAACUUUUUAGCAGUAAAUGGGACAGAUCUGAAGUAGAAUCAAGCCUGCUAUCCUUGUAGGCAGUUGAAUGUGGGGAGGAAUGAGGGUAUUGCUGUGACUGAUGAAAGCAACAUUUGUUCAAGUGGGGAAUGCUGGGAUAAAAAGAGACAUCAGAACAUGCAACAGAGUCCACUAAAAUAGCUUGUGCGAGGAAGUGUUUGCCAGCAGGCAGCAUGCUGAGGAAGAGGAGACCAGCAAGCUGAGCCGUAUCUCCAGCUUCAUCUGAGCAGAUCCAAACAAAACUUCAGCAGCAGCAUCAGGACUGAUAGCCAGACAACUGGGUUGAACUGUGCCACGUAUCCUGUAUUGCUGUGUUGAUGGUAGACGAAGUGUUAGGAUGACUUGGGUACAAAGCAUCUGUAUGCAUGAGAAAGGAUGGCUAGACCUUUUCUGAGUUAAGGAGAUGCUUGUUUUUGACAGCAAUUGGUGGUGACACUCAGUACUGUGGGGUGAAUUUUUGAAAGUGUAUUUGUGAAAUUGCUUAGUAACUUAAACUUCACUGAAACCCCUCCCAAUUUUUCUUUUUAUCCCUGGCCUGUUACACGUUUUCCAGUGUAUACAGUUCUUAGAGAUUUCUCAUAGAACUUGCUGAGGCUGUAUUUUACAGGCUUUGGGGCCUGAAAGCCUUUUCAGCUUGGAGACAGAUACACUGUCAAUUAAGAGUUGCAUUUCUGAUCCUUUGCUUUGAGUGCUGGGACCAUCCCUGCACUGUUCAUGAAUAGCUAUUUCAAAGAAAUAAUAGACUUUCACAUGCAUUCCGCAAUUUUUUUUAAUAGUGUGGAACUUGAGCAGGUCUCUGGAAGCAAUCAGCUAGUUAUUUGCAUUUUAAUGAUUUUAUUCCAAGUGUUUCCUCUUGUGCCUCACUCUCAACUGUCCUCGUCCUGAGAGAGGGGAAAGCAGAGGGUUCUAUUUGAGCAGCAAUUUGUUUUUAAAUACACGAGCAAGAAAGGUGCACAGAUGGCAGGUGGGGUCCUGGCCUGUGCUGCUAAACUACAUGCCCUGGGAUAUACAAAGAAGGCUGUGAACUCUUCCAGUGAAGUUUAAGCUACUUAGCCUGACUGCCUCUUGAAAUGGAAUUGUCUUUUUGUACAAGUGCUUCUAGUAUUGCCUCCUGUUUGUUAAUCCUGGAUUUGUAUAUUUGUAAAUGUGCCGUAUUGUUUCCAAUGGUGGAACUGCAGUGUACCUAGUGUUGAAGCAGCUGCUUGCACCUUGCUCAAAUGAGGUUUUUCUCAUUUUAUGUAUAAUUUUUUUUCCAACUAAAAAAUUCUUGUGACUCCA